AUGUCGAAGCUGUGGGAAAUCGAUCCGGAGACGAGAAGUAAACUCCAGAUUAUCCAAAAAACGAACGGGAAUGAUCGAUGUUGCGACUGCGGCGCUCCCUCUCCGCAAUGGGCAUCACCGAAAUUCGGCACAUUUAUAUGUCUCAAUUGCGCUGGCACCCACCGUGGGCUGGGAGUGCACAUCUCCUUUGUCCGGAGCAUAACCAUGGACGCCUUCAAGUUGGCUGAGAUACAACGCAUGGAGAGCGGAGGCAACGAGCCAUGGAAACAAUUCUUUGACGCCCAUUCGUCAACCCUUGCCGAAGGCAGGACGUUCGAGGACUCGACGGUUAAAGAACGGUACAGUGGCGAGGUGGGCGAGGAGUGGAAGGAGAGAUUAUCUGCUAAAGUAGAAGGAAGGGAAUAUGUUCCUGUUGAAAAGACGACCAAGAAGAGUGCUCCUAGCAGGCCAGGAGCUGGUAUAUCGCGAUCAAGCACCACGACACCGAGGGGGUUUGGAAGCGAUUCUCCUGGCUUGCGGCGCGAACCACUUUCUAGGUCGAAAUCUGUAGCGGGUGGUGGUGGUAGCUAUUUAAGCAAAAAGGAACAGAAUGAGGCUUAUUUUGGGAAGAUGGGGGAACUGAACGCCUCGAGGUCGGAGACCUUGCCACCUUCUGAAGGGGGGAAGUUUACGGGUUUCGGGGGAGGGAUGCCAGUUGAGUCGACGUCGAGAUCGGGUGAUGCAGGUGGGAUCCCUGGACUGGAUGAUUUUCAGUCUGAUCCUGUGGCGGCGCUGACGAGAUUGGGGGCGAAGACCAUGAAUGAUACAUAUAUCCAGCCUGCUGCGAAAACACUCGCGGAAUCAGACCUCGCGGCUCAUGCUCGCCUUGCUGCUACAGAAGUAACGAGGAACAUCCAGACCGGCACCCGUACAGCUGCAGACUCGUUUAAUCGUUUUGUAGAAGGGAGCGGUGACCCAGGCGGCCAUUAUCGACCUUCCGGGUCUACCUCUACUUCGUCCAGAGGAUUUGAGCCUGAAAGGAAGGAUUUCUGGGACAGUUUUGCUGCUCUUGGGGAAGAGAGAGAGAGACAGGCGGGUACUGGCAUUGCCUCAGGAUCGGGAUCAGGAGCUAUUGGGACCGGAACGAUGAAAAAGACUCAUUCCUCUGUAUCAAGCUCUGCUAAGGCAGCUCCUUCAGCGGCGCCGAAGGAUGACGGGUGGGAUGAUAAUUGGUAG